ACUAAGUUAGAUUGUUAAUUUAUGAGCGUAUAACAUCAAUUAGAUGGAGAAAAAAAUCAUUUCCGAUUCUUGAAAUCAUAAAUAUGAAAGCAACCACCGUAAACUACCGUCGCGACAAAUUUUGUUGCUUACCAUUUUUGCAUUAACUAAGCCAAGGUUAUAAAUCAGAAUAUUUAUGGCUGCUUUAUUUUUUUUUUUUUUUUUUUGUAUUCUCUUUGAUAUUUUUUAUGCUUACACAAAUUUGCUGGAAUUUAUGGUAGAGCGUCACAUUUUACGACAAACAAACGAAAUGAAUAUGGGCCAACGAUAGAGCUUUCCCAGUUUCUUUUACUCUUAUUCUCGUGUAUGGCUGGAUAUGUUAAAUUUGGACUGGGAAUGCUUGGAUGCAAAGGGUAAAACACAAUUUAACUGUACUAUGGGCCGAAGUAAUAUAUGCUAAGAUGAUAGUUAAGAAAUAUUUAAGCUUUAUGUGAGCAAGCUUUAGCGUUGUGAUCAUACGCAAACGCAAAUAAGUGGAUUUACCAACGAAAAGUUUUUUUGUGCAAGAAGCAUGUAAAUUUGUCUAAUUGCCGAAAUAUGCUCGUUAACAUACUAAUAAGCUACUAAACUCAUCUUAAUUAUUAAAAAAUAAACAACUCGACUGAGAAAAUGCAUACGAGUUGAAGAUAGAAAAAGAAAAGAGAGGGAAUCACGCAUAAUUCAUAAUUGGCAAAUGGGCACGAGCUCAUGACAUUGAACUAAUUAAUUUGCUCACAGCAUUUGCGUGGCUCAAGCACACAAAUAUAUAUACAUAUUUCGUCUGCUGUGAGGGCGGAUGUCUUUAUGACCAACAAAAUUUUUAACAAACAAAUUAACGUUCAAAUUAUCAGAUUUUCCCAGGCGCAACUUAGUGCUUAUUAAUGACGAGUAAUUUACAUUUCUACAUAUCUACGACUGUUACUGUUGCAUGCAACAUUUCAACAUUUUCACAAGGCUCAACAACUGAUGAUUUUGAUCUAAAUGUUGAACACAUCUAUAAAACGUUGCUGUCAGCCUCGGCUCAUCAACAGUUCCACAAAUCGUUUAGACAAAAUUACAACUUGGAUCGACCACCGACAGCAGGUGGUUUAAAAGAAAAUUUGAAUUUAUUUUUUCGUGUUAAAUUUUUUUACAAAAAUGCGCUUCCUUUGUGUCUAUGUAUCCUGUGUGUUGUGCGUGUUCGCUAUGUCCGUUAACGGUGUAUCCGAUUUCGGCUAUCACUAUGAACGCAAUAGCAACACUAACUCGAACACUAAAGGUAACGGUAUCAGCGUUAUCAGCGGCAGCGGUAUACAUUCGAAGAAUACCAACAGCGAAAACUUUUUUAAUCCUGCACCACUUGGCGGUAAUUCACUUCUUCUGCCGCAACAUCAAACUCAACGUCAACAGCAGCAACAGCAACAACAACAACAACAAGAACAGCAACAGCAAAAAUUAGAGCAACAAUCAUAUAGUGGUGAUAAGUAUUUGCCACCUUCUCAUCAGCCCACCGCCGAGCCGAUCAUCACCAAGCAAUUCUUUUUAGUCUCGGCACCGGAAGACUCAGAGGAGCAAACACGCACUAAGCACUUUGUAAUUGGCCGCCCACAAAAGAAUUAUCGCGUAGUGUUUAUUAAAGCGCCAGCACCAGAAAACGCCAAUCUCAAAUUGACCGCUGAAUAUGCACCACAAGAGGAGAAGACUGUCAUUUAUGUGUUAUCGAAGAAGGAUAACGAAUUGAAUAUCGGUGAGAUUGGCACGCCUGCGCCAACACAACCCACCAAACCGGAAGUGUUCUUUAUUAAGUACAAAACACCGGAGGAGGCCGCAGCCGCACAGAAAGAAAUUCAAGAGCAAUACGACAAUCUGGGUGGCACCUCGGAGUUCUCUGACGAGGGUGUGGUACCUAUUAAAUCCGUAGUGGGUUCUCUGGACGGUCUAGCGGCCAAUGGUGGUUACGAUUAUCGUAAAGUUCAGAAUGGCGUUGAAUCACCCAUCAAAAAUUUCUUACAACCAGCACGUUUCUACUUUUAAAUAGUUUUUGAGGUAUUAUUUGUUAUUAUAUUU